AUGGGCCCCUAUACCGCCUCCUCAUGCUGCUGCCAGGCCCCUAAUCUGCCAUGGCCCCCGUUACCGACUCCUCAUGCUGCUGCCAGGCCUGUAAUCUGUCCAUGGGCCCCUGUACCGCCUCCUCAUGCUGCAGCCAGGUCCAGAGUGUGUCAUGGGUCCCUGUACGGCCUCCCAUUGCUGCUGUCUCCAUCGCCACACUCUGCCAUGUGCCACUUUCAGGUCUCCUCACACUGCUGUUGUGUUUUAUACCAUUUUUGUCAUAGGGUGCUGUAUGGCCUCCCAUUGCUGCUGCCUCCACCGCCACACUGUGGCUCCACACUCUGGUUUUGCCCCGUGACUGCCCAAAUGAGUGAAGUGUGCGGUGAUAUCUAAGAUCGAAACGGCACUCAUCUGCAUGUCAUACUGACCUGACAGUAUUUAUUUCUCUUCCCCAGCAGACUCCAAGGGCAUUUAAAUUAAAGGUACAGUGUUCUGCACUAAUAUAA